UCUUGUCUCUUGCGUCUGGGGUGGGCUUGUGCCUGCUGUGCUCUCCUCUUUCUACGCCCCUGCCAAAAGCCUCCUCCCCCGUCCCUCCCCCCGUCCCCCCAGCCGCCAGCAGCGGCUCUCAGGCGGCGUGGACGGUGUGCAGCGGCGGCAGGGAGGACGUCAUGAGCGCUCCGGCGUGUUCCCGCAGGCUGGCCCGCCGCUCCAGGGCUGCCGUGGUGGUCGCCGCGCUGGCCGUGCUGCUCAUCCAGACUCUGCUGGUGUGGAACUUCAGCAGCCUGGACUCCUCAUCUGGCGGAGACCGAGGCAGCCGCAACCGGGAGAAGCGAGCCGCGGGGUCGGACAAAGCCGACAGACAGCCGCCGAGAAGCGGACCGCUGAGGAGGAGCGAUGCGCCGCCACCGCUCCCGAAGGCGCCCGGGAGACCCAAGCUGCGUGCGGACGUUUACCACUCUCACCGACCCAAAGAGAAACGCCCCCCCGACAGCAACAACAACGAGAACUCCGUCCCUAAAGACUUUGACGCCAUGGACAGCAGCAACCCCGCCGCUCCAGCCCAGCGCCAGCGUGCGCCAGCCGCCACCGCUCGCCACAAGCCUCGGAGCAUCAUGGGAAGAUCCUCCAGCUCCAAUCGAACCCGCGUCCCAGCAGCCGCCGUCCCAGCAGCCGCCGUCCCAGCAGCCGCCGUCCCAGCAGCCGUCGUCCCAGAAGCGUCCCCAAAGUCGGAGAAGAGUCCAGCGGCGCGGCAGAUGCAGGAGACGACCGCCGCGCCGCACAGGAAGGAGCAGGCCGAGUGCGAGAUCAGCGGGAAGGAAGCCAUCUCGGCUCUGUCGCGAGCUAAAAGCCGAGCGUGUCGCCAGCAGAUGGCCGACGUCUACUGCACACACAAGAAGGACCUGCUGAUGCCUCAUCAGGUUCCUCGCUACUGCCCCCUGCAAGGUAAAGUCAGCGUGAACAUCCAGUGGGACGACGGGCCGUCUGACUCCGCCCCCCCAGCGCCGGCACGCUUGGCCUUCGUGCUGGCGGUCCACGGCCGCGCCUCGCGUCAAUUCCGCCGUCUCUUCAAGGCGGUCUACCACACGGCCCACUUCUACUACAUCCACGUGGACCAGAGGUCCGACUACCUCCAUCGAGAGGUGACGGCGGUGGCCCGGAAGUACGGCAACGUGCGCGUGACCCCCUGGAGGAUGGCGACUAUCUGGGGCGGGGCCAGCCUGCUGACCAUGUACCUGCGCGCCAUGGACGACCUGCUCAAGAUGGCCGACUGGUCCUGGGACUUUUUCAUCAACCUGAGCGCUGCCGACUACCCCAUCAGGACCAACCAGCAGCUGGUGGCGUUCCUGUCCAGACAUCGUCACCUGAACUUCAUCAAGUCGCACGGACGCGACAACGCACGCUUCAUCCGCAAACAGGGUCUGGACCGCCUCUUCCUGGAGUGCGACACGCACAUGUGGCGCCUCGGAGACCGCAAGAUCCCAGAAGGCAUCGCGGUGGACGGAGGCUCCGAUUGGUUCCUGCUCAACCGGGCCUUCGUGGACUACGUGGUCCGCUCCACGGACGAGCUGGUCGGCGCCAUGAAGCGCUUCUACGCCUUCACGCUGCUUCCCGCCGAGUCCUUCUUCCACACCGUCCUGGAGAACAGCGCCCUCUGCCACACCAUGGUGGACAACAACCUGAGACUCACCAACUGGAACCGCAAGCUGGGGUGCCGGUGCCAGUACAAGGACAUCGUGGACUGGUGCGGAUGCUCGCCUAAUGACUUCAAACCCGACGACAUGCCCCGCCUCCAGCAACAGGCAUCCAGGCCCACCUUCUUUGCCAGGAAGUUUGAGGCGAGCGUCAGCCAGGACGUCAUCAACCAGCUGGACGCCCACCUGUUCGGAGCGUACGCGGCGGGCACGCCGGGCCUCACAGCCUACUGGGAGAACGUGUACGAGCAGGAAACGGACGGCGUCGCCGGCGUGUCCGAUGCCGUGCUCAGCCACUACCACAGCUUUGCUCGCAUGGGCCUACGACGCGCCGCCGGCUCCCUGCAGGGACGCCCCAGCGACAACAGCUGCAGGUACGAGACCACCGCCCCCCCGCUCUCAGUCCACAUGUACUUCCUGUCCGACCGCUUCCAAGGUUACUUGCUGCGUCACGUGGCUGUGAACAGAGCCUCAGCCCAGCUGGAGAACCUGGAGACCUGGGUGACCCCCCGAGACCACUUCGCCCUGGCCAGCCCCCCCCACCCCACCAACAGACUGCGACACGUGCAGGUGGGGGCGGACUGGGAUCCGAAAGAGCGUCUAUUCCGGAACUGGGGGGGUCUGCUGGGGCCCCAGGACGAGCCGGUGGCAGUGCAGCGCUGGACCCGAGGCCCGAGCAACCUGACGGCCACGGUGGUGUGGAUCGACCCCACCAACGUGAUCGCCGCCACCUACGACAUCCACGUGGACGCCUCCGCCGAGGUCACUCACUACCGCCCCCCGCUAAAGGCCCCGCUGCGGCCCGGCGUGUGGACCCUGAGGGUUCUGAACCACUGGAGCCUGCUGGGCCAGACCAGCUUCGUUGUGGCGCCGCUGGAGUUCUACCAACAUCAGCCAAUCCAACAAGGGGAGGCGUUGCGUCUUCACGGCGGCCCGGCCAAGAACUCCUACAUGGAGCAGAGCUUCCACGGACUCAACCCCGUCCUCAGACUCCCCGUCAGCCUCGGCGCCGUGGAGGAGGCGGAGGCCAACGCCGGCCUGACGGGGGCGCCGCUGCGGCGCUGGCUGGACCGCCUGCUGGAGGCCUACUGGUCCGCGGCGGACGUCUGCUCCACGGGCCCGAGCGCGUGUCCCAUCAUGCAGCGCUGCCGCCUGACGGCGUGGAGCUCACACAGCCCGGACCCCAAGUCAGAACUUGGGCCGGCCCGCCAGGACGGCUGCAUCAGGUAACAGAUGCACAGGAAGGAAGUCCGCUUUCUAUUUAUUUCCUAUUUAACGUGUGUGUGUGUGUGUGUGUGUGUGUGUGUGUGUGUGUGUGUGAGAGAGAGAGAGAGAGAGACAGAAAGAGAGAGAGAAAGAAAGAGAGAGAGAGAAGGCCUUGUGUUCUUCUAAUUUUGAAUAUGUGAGCUGAAAUGUUUUAUUGUGUGAAGCUCCUUAAAGGCACAGGCCCGAUGGCGUCACCUGGCGGCGCAGGGGCGGAAGUGUUCCCGUUGAACCGCCUCGCGUCCAAUGGAUGUGUUGCCUCAUUUCAUGAGGUUUUAACUUGACAAAUAAGUUAUAAAUGCAUUAAUUUAUUGAUCUCAUUACCUCGACUUUGUAGGUAUUGAUGAAGUAUAUAUUUGACUAACGAUACUGCCUUGACGUGUAGCUCAUUACCAUCAUGAACACCCCUGAAUAUGAACCUCAAAGUAUGUCGUGAAUGAAACAUGAACACUGUGUCCCAUUUAACCCACAAGAAGACUUUAAAUGAGUCCUAUACGUUUGAAAUAAUUAGUCACGUGACGAUCACAUGAUGGCCUUCCCCAAAAUGGCGGCGUGCCAGGUAAGCUAUCUCGUUUUCCAUCUUCCAUUCGUCCAAAGAAGCUAGCAAAGUAGCACUCUCGGACUCUUAGCUUGGUCUUGGUGGCUAAGAUGCUAAUAGGACUUGGUCUUGAUGGCUAAGAUGCUAAUAGGACUUGGUCUUGGUGGCUAAGGCUAAGAUGCUAAUAGGACCUAGCAUACAGUAUCUUCAUCUUUGAAGAUCUUUCUUCCAUAUGUGCUAAAUCCGCCAGCAUUUGAUGUGAAAUGCCUUCUUCUGGGUUAAAUAAGUUUAAGAUCAUAAAUGAGUAUAUUUAUUUGACAGAAUGUAAUAGUUUGUCUGGUGUUUUCUACUGGGAUUCUAGAUGAUAUUUAUGUGUUCUGACGGUGCCUUUGUGUUCCAACAUUUUGGAAUAAAGAGAAUCUGCUUA